AUGAACGUCGAUGCACUCGAAGCAAUGUACGCUGCGAUCGAAGCAGCGUACGCUCUCAAAUAUGGUGAUAUCACAGCGGUGCGCGAGCGGCUCCACAUAGAUCAAGCGGACCCCCUCGCGGGCAUCGUCAGGCUUUUGCGCGAGGACUGCGGCGUCGACAGUUGGCAUCAACUCCUAAGCACACAUCUUGAAUGUGUACUAGCAUGGUCGCCGGAUCAAAUCGAGGAGUUCAUACAAGGUAUCAACGGUUUGGGAAACGUGUAUGAAGUGUUAGCAGACGGCCUCGUUAAAGCGACGAACGCGUUGGAAGCCAGGUUCGGCCGCGACCGCGCGAUAGAGAACUACGAAUUUAAUACCUGGAAGCGCGCGGAGCUCAAGAAGAAGCGCGAGGAGCUCGGCGUGAAGAACUGGCUCUACCUGUGGGAUGUUUUGGACCGGCAACUGGAAUCCUAUCGUGUGAAGCGCAUGCCCGAGCGCCCGGCGCUGCCGCGCGUGUUUUGCUGGGGGCCCCUGGAGGACGUGGACGCGGAGCUCGCGGCGAUCGACCAGGCCCUGUGGCGCGGACACAAUUUUAUUGAGCAGGCGCGUCGCGACGCCGCCGACGCUGUCGACGCCGGCUUCGUGCGCUACCUCGUGGCCGCCCUUCGGGUCCCGUUGGCGGUGACCCGUGUCUCGUGGGCCAGGGCCGAACGAGACAGCUACUGCGAAAGCUACGACAACUUCGAGAGCUACCGGCGCCUCGUGCUGGAGCGGCCGUCGCGCGACGCCGACGGCGUUCCCCUCCUGUCGCGAAGUGAGAUCGACCGCGUCCUGCCGGCGAUCUUCGGCGUCGACAUCGUGUGGGCCGCGCUCCCGACCGACGGUCCCCGCCGCGAGCGGCAGGCGCGCGCGAUCCUCGUGGCGGAGGUCCUCUACGAGGCGCGGCGCAAGCAGCUCGUCGCGCAUGCCGCUGCCUCCGGUCGCGAAGUUGUGUGA